GCGAGGGUGGAGGGGGGUGGCGCUGGGUGACAGCGAAGCAGGAAGCUGCCUUCAGGCUGGGAGUGGUCAGACACUAUAAAAGACGGCUCGUCUUCCUUCUUUGUGCAUUUGACUUCUCUCUUCCUCCUCUUCCUCAUACCUGAAACUCUACCUGCACAGGAUGUCGUGGGACGACCACAUCGCCUCGCUGAGGUUCGGAGGACUCAUUACAGAAGCAGCCAUCUGUGGGUUCGAUGGGUCGGUAUGGGCCGCCUCAGAGAGCCUGAAGGGUAUUAUCACGGCGGAGCAAGUUAAGUGCCUAAUUGGACCCUCAAGUGCCAUGACAGAGUGUGGCCCGACGGUCGGAAAUAUUAAGUGCAUGUUUGUGAAAGAUGACCGCGACAAUGAGCAGAGCUUCUGCUUGCACCUGAAGGGCAAUAAAAACUCUGGACUACAAACCGUCUGUGUUGGCAAGACCUCGAAAGCUAUUGUCAUCGGUAUAGCUCCACCAAAUGCUUCCAUCGCCCAAAGAGUGUUCACGACCACGAAGCUCCUGAGAGACAACAAAUGUUAACUCCUGCUCCCCUCAGACAAGACGGACGCCUCCCGGUCUCCCCCUGUCCCCCCCGUACCUCCCAUCCCCUGUCUCCCCCACUGUCUCCCCCUGUCCCCCCCAUCCCCUGUCUCCCCCACUGUCUCCCCCCCUGGACCCCCCCCUGCGUAACCACUCCAGAAGAUGGUCGUCCGUUCCAAGCUUCUAAUCCUCUUCCUCCUGCCAUCAAGGAUAAAGUUGUUCAAAGUUGUAUUCCAUGUAAUGAUUGAUUGAUUGAUUGAUUGAUUUAUUGAUUGAUUGAUGAACCUGUUGGUUGUUAACAGCUCUGAUCGGUGUCGGUGGUGAAAUAAAUAAAGCUUCUUUAUUCUGA